AUGAGGUUGGCGUGGUCCUUGCCUCUGCUGGGUCUCCUGCUGAGUGUGGAGAUCCUGGUGGAGAUUUCUGGAACCACAGUGACGCUCACGUGUCCCGUGAGUGAAGGCAGCAUAGCCUGGGAGUUAAGUGGGAAGAAACAAGACAACAAAGAGAGCAAGUACACUAUAGAGAAUCACGACAGCUCUCCUCUCAACGUGCGUUGUUCCUCAGAGACUACCAAGCACGAACUGUACCUGAACGCCAGAGUGUGCGCAAACUGUGAGGAGCUGGAUGCCUUGGCAGUGGCAGGGAUCAUCACUGCGGACCUUCUCAUCACCUUCGGGGUGCUGAUUUUGGUCUAUUACUUCAGCAAAGACAGACAGGGGAGAGCCAGCACCGGUGCAGCCAGUCGCCCAAGAGGUCAGAAGAUGCAGCGUCCUCCCCCGGUUCCAAACCCGGACUACGAGCCCAUCCGGAAAGGCCAGCGGGAAGUGUACGCAGGCCUGGAAUCCAGAGGCUUCUGA